AUGUCAAACCUGUCCGCGUUUGAGCGCGCCAACGAGGCGGUCGCUUACCUCCGCUCCAGCUUGCCAGCAGGCCUUCAAAAGCCUCAAGUCGCGAUUGUAUGCGGCUCCGGACUGGGAGGACUCGCUGAUACUAUUCAUCCCGAGUCACGGACUGAAUAUGAUUACACGGCGAUCCCUCACUUCCCUCGCUCAACGGUCGCUGGACAUGCUGGAAAGUUGGUUUUUGGUCACCUCGGCCAGAAGAUUCCUGCUGUCUUGAUGGUUGGUCGUGCUCAUUACUACGAAGGGCACUCGAUUGAUCAGGUAGCAUUCCCUAUUCGAGUGUUCAAGCAACUGGGCGUGGAUACGGUCGUCUUGACCAAUGCGGCCGGAGGUCUCAAUUCUGGAUAUGAACAUCUCUUCCUAGCUGGUCUGGCGGGAACUCAUCCACUGAGAGGACCUAACGAGGAUGAUUUCGGUGUACGAUUCCCACCCCUGUCGGAUGCGUAUGACCUAGAGCUUCGUCGACAUGUGCAUCAAACAUGGAAGAAGAUCUCAUCACCAGAAAGUAAGAGAAGGUUGCACGAGGGUGUGUAUGCCUAUGUGGGAGGCCCGACUUACGAGACAAGAGCCGAAAGCCGGAUGCUUCAAAUGCUCGGAGCCGAUGUGGUGGGCAUGUCCACGGUACCGGAGAUUGUGACGGCCAGACACUGUGGUCUUCGCGUGCUUGCCUUCAGUUUGGUCACCAACAAGGCUGUGUUGGCUCCGGUGCCGAGGGGAGAUGAGGCGGUGUUGCAGGGUAAGUCGGCAGACGAGUUGAAUGCCGUCCUCGAAGAGGGCAAAGCGGGACACGAAGAGGUUCUCGAGGCCGGCCGAGCGGCUGCUCUUGACAUGCAGAAUUUGGUUGCCCAAACCCUGUUGGAUAUCUUUGCUCAAGCCUGA